AGCAACAUCCCAUCAAACGUUUAAAAGCGAACUCUCAAGCUAAUCAUCUCUGAUCAUUCACAAUACCGGUCGUGAAGAAGACAAGAACAUGAAGCAAAAGAUCCUGAUAAGAAUCUCUAUGACUGAUGAUAAAACACGAGCAAAAGCAAUGAAAACUGCGGUUCAAUUUCAAGGCGUGUUAGGUGCGGAAAUAAAGGGAGAUCACAGGAACCAGAUUGAAGUUACCGGUGUUGAAGUCGACAUGAUCUGUCUAACCAACACACUGAGGAAGAAAGUAGCCUUUGCGGAGCUUGUAAGCGUAAACAAAGUCGAACCACCAAAGAAACCCGAGGAGAAAAAGCCAGAGCCAUGUUAUCAACCAUGGCAUUAUGUAUAUGGUGUGCCAUCUUCCUAUCCACACCCAUGUGAUCCCUACGGGUACAACGGAAAGGGCUACACCGAGGAACCCGUCUACAAUCACGAACCCAAUUGCAGGAUCAUGUGAAAAGACUUAUGGAAAAAAUAAAACAGUUUUUUCUAUACAGUAAGAUUUGUCACAUGAAUAAAAAAAAGCAUUGAGCUCCAA